AUGCUGUUUCCAGGAAGUGACCUCAAGGACGUGGCUCCUAAAAGAAAGGAUGCUCCUGUGGCUAAGGACAAGGCUGGCCCUGCGCUGGGGUGUCGGGGUAUUUCGUGCCAACUCCCCCAAUUCAGCCUCGGGAAGGACAGCCUUGGGAGAGCCAUAUUCAGAGGUCCCCAAGAUUCUAAUAAUAAGGCUGGCCCUCCCAAUGCUGGCCCUGCUAAGACUGGCCCUCCCAAGACUGACCCUAAGUUGAAGUGUCGGGGUUCUGAUUUAGAUUCGGAUUGCAGCAGUGAAUCCGAAUCGAAAACCGCAGGAACUGGCGACCCGGGUGCUGGUUCUGGGUUGAAUAGCCAGGGAAAUCUGUUGAAUUUGACUCAUCGCCCUAAACCAAGUGUCGAAGGCGGUGACGGCAGUGGUGGUCAUGGCUCUCCAUCCGAAACUGAAAUAGAUUCGCUCCCAGGACUCACCUACUCUGGAUCAAACCCUUUCUACAGUCCUGGACAAACACCACCAAGAGAAGAUAAGGUUCCAUUGGACCCCAACCGUCGGAAUCAGAUCCUACACGAGUAUGGUGAUAAUGAGCACAGCUUCUACCAAAUGACUUGGCCUGACGUCUACAGGCCACUUCCUCCAGACACGAAAUAUAUUGGGCUGAAGUUUGGCGAUGGCGAUGAUGGUAGAGCUGGCGACUAUGAUACUCACACUGGUUCGACAUAUUCCUUCAAGGCUAGUCAAGGGCAACCAGCAGGCGAUGCGGUAAAGAUAGGCCUUUGGAAGGCGAAGUUGAAAAAGGCUGAACUGACGGGAGGCCCAUCCCCUGAGCCCAUUCCUGAAAUGAGUCUUAGCAACGACGAUGGGAUGGACACACCCAGUUCCAGAACCCUGGACAAUACAACAAGUAGCAGACAAUAUGACGGAACAGACUUUAGGAAGGGAACUAACCGGUUGACAAGGAUGUCCAACUGGGCACCAACCUAUAAACACGAGAUGGCAACAGUUGGGAAAACUCCAGAGGAAGAGAAAAAGAAAUUAGAGACGCCUGAGCAGGCGGAGGAAAAGAGAAAGAAAGCGGAAUUGGCGAAGGAAAAGAAAGAGGAAAAGAAAAAAGAAAACACGAAGUUAGAGGGAUUGGUGAAAAAUGCAAUGGCUGCACACUCAGAGAAAAAGAAAAAUGGAGGGGAACCACAGCCUAACCCCCCCAAGAACAAGGGAGAGGAAACAAAGUCGGAAAUACCAAAGGAAGACGGGGAUGGCUCAGAGUCUGAAUAA